AUGUGCAGUGAGUUUUCGUGGCUGAAGCCAGGCGGGCAGCUUCUCAUCUCUGAUUAUUGCUGUGGGCCUCGCCCCUGGUCGAAAGCUUUCACGGAGUACAUCAGACGGAGGGGCUACAGCCUUCUCACACCCUGGGAAUAUGGCCAGGUGCUGCAGGAGGCUGGAUUCAGGCAGGUCCAGGCGUUGGACUAUACAGAGCGGAUGCUGUCAGCCUUGACUCAAGAGCUGCAAGAGCUGGAAAGAAGUCGGCAGCAAUUUGUCCAGGUGGGUCGGCAGAUUGGAGAUGAAGCAGCCUAGAGCUGAGCUUGUCUCUCUCCCUGUGUGGCUGCACACACACACACACACACACACACACACACACACACACACCUGUUGAAAACUGACAGACUUGGACCACAGGCAGCAGCAGCCUGUCCUGUUUCGUCACCCCUCUGCCAAAGCCUCGCUUACCAGGGUCACACGGCUUUGGCUUCCAGCUUCCGGGGAGAUCUUGCCAAAACCUGGAAGCCAGAGUCACUUCUCCGGUGACAGGGAAAAAGCAAGCAGAAGCAGUG